AUGUCUGAAUAUCCUCACAUCCUUCUUCGCGCCGAGGAGAAGCCUCUCGAGCACCGAUCUUUCUCCCCCGCGGUUAUCAAGACACUCGUCGAUGCUGGAUACCCCAUCUCCGUCGAGCGGUCAUCCACCGAUCCCAAAUUUAGGCGUAUCUUUGAGGACUCUGAAUAUGAAGCUGCUGGUGCUCGUCUUGUCGACACGGGUGUCUGGCCCAACGCUGAGCCUGGGACAAUCAUACUCGGAUUGAAGGAGAUUCCCGAGGAGGAUUUCCCUCUGAAGAAUGAUCACAUCAACCAGGGAGGCUGGGAGAAGGUUCUCGGUCGUUGGUCUCGCGGCGGGUCUACUCUGUAUGACUUGGAGUUUUUGCAUGACGCUGAAGGCCGACGUGUUUCUGCGUUUGGUUUCCACGCAGGCUUCGCCGGGGCUGCGCUUGGAAUAAAGACACUUUCCCACCAGCUGCAGGACCCGUCAUCUAAGCUUCCGUCUGUCGAGACAUUCACCGAUGGCCGCGGAUAUUACCUGAACGAAGAUGAGCUCGUCAACCAGAUUCGCGAGGAUCUCGCCAAGGCUGAGAAGGCUCUCGGACGCAAGCCCACUGCUCUCGUCCUUGGUGCUCUUGGACGAUGUGGCAAGGGUGCUGUGGACCUUUUCCUCAAGGCCGGCAUGCCUGAUGAGAACAUCACCCGUUGGGACUUGAACGAAACCAAGGACCGUGAUGGACCUUACGAGGAAAUUGCGAAGGCUGAUGUCUUCCUUAACGCCAUCUACCUCUCCAAGCCCAUCCCCCCUUUCAUCAACCAAGAACUCCUCGCCAAGAAGGGUCGCAACCUCGCUGUAGUCAUCGACGUUUCUUGUGAUACCACAAACCCCCACAACCCCAUCCCCAUCUACUCCAUCAACACCACCUUCGAGGACCCCACCGUCCCCGUCGAGAUCAAGGACGACCAGAACAACCUCCCCCUUUCCGUCAUCAGCAUUGACCACCUUCCCUCCAUGCUUCCCCGCGAGGCUAGUGAGGCCUUUAGUGAGGGUCUCAAGGAGUCUCUGCUUACACUCAAGGAUCGCAAAACUUCGCGGGUGUGGGCUGAUGCUGAGAAGCUCUUCCAUGAGAAGGUUGCUACGUUGCCGGAGGAGUUGAGAACCAAGAACGUUUAA